CAUUAGCUGCCGGUCAAAAUUGAGCUGAGAGAGAGCUCGCACGGGCUGUGACGAGGGUACCGAGCGGCGUCUUGAUCCGCCGGAGUCACGCGUAACAGAGGAGGAGCAGGUGGACUGAUGGAUGCAAAGACAGAGGGACGCGCUCCGCCAAGACACCAAGGCACGAUGGACUACACACAAGGAGGAUGUUGUCUUUUGGAAAAUGUAUUUCUCCGUUCAUCUGCGAUGCGAUACACCGCAAACCCCUCUGCCGUAUUUUAGCUAACUUGGAUUCAGCAAUUAUGGCGCUGGACCAGUGGUCCUUCCUCUCACCUCCACCCAACAUGACGAUCCCCGAGCCGCUCCUGUACGACAGCUACCUCCAAGGGAAUGAGUCAGACCUGGACCUGAACCUGACAGGGGAGACGCGGGAACCCCACCAGGACAAGACCAGCUCCGUCGUCAUCACCUUCAUCUACUUCAUGGUUUGCACUGUGGGGCUCUGCGGCAACGCCCUGGUCAUCUACGUCAUCCUCCGUUACGCCAAAAUGAAGACGGUGACCAACAUAUACAUCCUUAACCUGGCAGUGGCGGACGUGCUGUGUAUGAUGAGCUUGCCGUUCAUCGCCAUGCAGCUGGCAUUGGUGCACUGGCCAUUUGGCGAGGCGCUGUGCAGGGUGAUCAUGACUGUGGAUUCUCUCAAUCAGUUCACCAGCAUAUUUUGCCUGAUGGUUAUGAGCAUCGAUCGAUACCUGGCCGUGGUUCACCCUAUUAAGUCGACAAAAUGGCGGAAGCCCCGGGUAGCCAAGUUUAUCAACCUGACAGUGUGGGGCGUCUCACUCUUAGUCAUCCUGCCUACUAUGAUCUUCAGCGGUCUGGACAAAGUACCAGUAUGUGGGAUCGUUUGGCCCGAGCCCCAGGAUGUCUAUUACACCGCCUUCAUAUUUUACACCUUCUUCAUUGGAUUCUUCCUGCCCCUGGCCGUCAUAUGUCUAUGUUACCUGCUCAUCAUAGUCAAGGUGAAAUCAUCAGGCAUGCGAGUAGGUUCAACCAAGCGCAAACGUUCCGAACGCAAAGUGACGCGGAUGGUCUCCAUUGUUGUUGCCGUGUUCGUCCUCUGCUGGCUGCCCUUCUACGUCUUCAACGUCACCUCGGUCACCGGCUCCAUCAAGCCCACAUCUGCCGUGAAGAGCACCUUCGACUUUGUCGUGGUGUUGGGCUACGCCAACAGCUGCGCCAACCCCAUCCUCUACGCUUUCCUGUCAGACAACUUCAAGAAGAGUUUCCAGAAGGUGCUUUGUCUCAAAAAAGUGGCGGGCCUUGAUGAGAUCGAGCGCAGUGACAGCAGGGCGGACAGAAGCAGGAUGGUCAACAAUGCACUGAUCAUCAACACCAACUUGGAGGCACACAAUGCAGCGCUGCUCAAUGGAGAGCUGCAGACCAGCAUUUGAGGGCAGAGGAACAGAAGUGCAAGACCAGGAGAAACUAAAGGGUCUGCAGAUUCGGACAUGCAGACGGCUGACGUAAUACGCCACAGUCCUAUGGACUCUGGCACAUGAACUAAGUGAAAUCCAAACAAUUUCACAACAGAGGUCGGAGAAGGUACAAUGACCCGAGUUUACAACUGUUUGAAUGGAUGAGGCAACCUGAUCUCAUUGACCCUGAGCACUGAAUAACACACAGCAGGUCGCUUGACAGAAAUCAAACAUCAGUUGGACCAACGCCUACGUCACUAACUUGAAAACAAGACCCAACUGGACUCGUGCUGGCAAAUUGUCCUCUCUGGAUCUGCUGAUAGGAGGGCUACUUUACUGUUUAAUAGUGUACGAGGGAGAGACACCCAUCUCGCGGGAGUUAUUUGGAAACACAAUGUCAUUAGGCACUGUUUUCAUUAAAAGGGAGACAUGCUGACAAAGCCAAACACUUUAGUGGAUGAUGGUGGAGCAACCCUCGAAAGAUAAAACUCAAACCUACAAAAAAUAAAUACAAAAUAAUGGUAUAUGGUAAUGAUCUGUUACACCAGCCCCAUCUUUAGAAGAUGAUCAGAGAAACUAAUGGCAAACCCUUCACAACACCACGUUAUUUUCCGAUGACGGAGGACGCUGGCGGCUCGCCGAGAGACGCCACACUGAUCUGUAAACUCUUCAAUGGUGGGAUGGCGAAAGAAAUUGGCAACCCGACUUGAUUGAAAACAGCUUGCGCUUGUAAAUACAAACAUGGCUUUUGCCAACCUGGUGCAUGUGCAAACAUGGUUGGGCCAACCAAAAAGGUCAGUAAAAUAUUGCUCUGUUCUGGCAUGUCUCUUUACUGUGUACUUGACAUUUUGCUGAAUCCUGCUUCUUAACAUCAUUGUGCACUUUUCACAAUUUUCUGCAGAGCUCAUUUUGUAAAUGUUGUUUAAAGACAAUCUAAAGGGUCCUCUUGGUGAUCGGUGACCACCACCACUCAACCUCUCAGUUGGUUUACCCACUGGAAAUUCAGUUUGAAGUGACUGACUUGAAAGUCAGAGAAAUAGAAUGAAAGAUCAAGUUAAAAUUAUUUCGGGGAUAUGAAACUGUUUAGUAAUGGAGUUGAACAUGGAAAUACAAUCAAUGGUUAUUGGGAUAUUUCCAAACUGAAACGCUGGCACACAAAGAAUCUUAGGAUAUGCAUGCUGCACAAAUACUGAUAAAAUGCUGUAUUUGACAUAGCCUCCCUGUGCAUAAUCACAGACCUCUCAAGGGGGCACAGCUUAUGUUAUCUUUAUUCCAUUUGGCAAUUUCUACAAUAAUUUGUAGCUCAUGCGAAAUCUCUCUCGAUUCAACAUUUAUAUAAAAUAGAUCAUGUUCAACCUCCCAAGUAACUCAAAAGGAAACAUGAAUGCUAUGCCAGUAUUAUUCCCUGGUACUAAGUCUUAAAGAACUGUGCAAUGAUGGUGAACAGUAGUGUUUUGGGGAAA